AUGUCUUCGCGAAGAUCGGCAAGAGCUUCGACGGGCAAGCGUCUCUCUUAUCGCGAAGACUCUGACGAUGGCGACGCAGUCGAAGACUUGACCGAGGACGAAUACCAGCAGGAUCGUGCAUCAACGAGCGCAGAUGACGAGCCUGCAGAUCAAACAGAUUCGUCCGAGGCGAGCCAGGACAACUUCGAUACCAAGCGCAGCGCAAAUGGCUCCAAGCGCCGCAAACUCCACUCGUCGAGCUCGGCUUCAAAGCCUCCUUCCAAGAUCGCAGUAAGCGGCUCGACGGGCGAUGACUGGGCACCAGGUGUGACACGCGUCGUCGCCAAGUUGGUGGGCCCACCUCAAUCCGGUCACGUCGCUCGCGGAGAGCUCAGUCCAAACGUGCUAAAGUUCCUCGCAGACCUGCAGGCCAACAACGACCGUGACUGGUUCGCUCGAUAUGAUGCUGUCUAUCGGUACUGCUGGAAGAACUUUGGCGAGUUCGCCGACGCUGUGCUCAAUGACAUUAUGGAAAAGGUAGACGACACCGUCCCGUGGCUACCGACAAAGGACCUCGUUUACCGCAUUUACAGGGACGUACGCUUCAGCAACGACAAGACCCCCUACAAGACGAAUCUUAUGGCUUCGUUCUCGCGCGGAGGAAGAAAAGGCCCAUUCGCAGGCUAUCAUGUUCUCGUCAAGCCUGAUGGCCGUAGCUUCUUUGCUGCAGGCCGUUGGCAGCCGGAGCGCGAGGAUCUGGCCACCAUCCGUCGUCACAUUCUCGAAGACACCCAAGAAGCUCAAGCGCUCAAAGCCGCAGUGAGCGAACCUACUUUCGUAAAGUGGUUUGGCGAACCGAAAGGUCAACUCAAGGCCAAGUCCAAGUCCAAGGGGAAAGCGCAAGCAACCAACCCACAACGCUGCAAUCUUUGGGGCGGAGACGACGAACUCAAAGUAGCGCCCAAGAUCGAAGGGGUCGACAAAACCCACAAAGACAUCGACUGGCUCAAGCUCCGCAGCUUUUGCGUUAUCCACAAUUUUGCUGACGCAGAGGUGCUUCGUAAGGACUUCCGACAACGGCUCGUUGAAGCAGGCAAGGCUUCAGAGCCAUUGGUAAGAAUUCUGAACUCGAUGACCUCGCCAGACCCACCUCCGCCGCCAGAGUCGGAUGAAGAACAAGACGAUGAAGGCAGCGACGUGGAGAGUGGGCGCUCGAGAAGUCAUACUGGCGUUGGUACUCGUCACGACUACGGAAAUGACGACGAUGACGAAGAGUUGGUCCCAACCGAGUCCUUUGACUAUGUCGAAGACGAUGAGGAUGGCGAUGACGACGACGAGGAUGACGACGAUGACUGA